GCUAAUGACCCACGCGUCUCUCCUAAUUUUUGAGGUUGCAUUCUCAGGAGUCUGUAUUUUACACUCUACUUCAAUCCUAAACCCUUGAGUCCAGAUAAAUAACAUAUAUAUAAGUCUAGCUCCUUGUAUACUUGUACUAUCUCUCUCUCUCUCUCUCUCUCUCUCUCUCGUAUUGUUGCGGCUUUUCCUAAGACUGCUCUUACAUCCAAACGAGAAACUGCUUUCUCCUUUCUCCUUUCUCUAAAAUCUUUUCCUUGAAACAAUUCUCUGUCUUAUAUAUCUCUGUUUUCCAUUGGUUUAUUUCUGUUGUGCAAAAAUCCAAAUGGCUUCCCCAGAAGCCAAGGCCUAGCAAUGGAUAUUUGGGUUCCAUAGUUGCAAAAUGCUUUCCACGUUAAGGGAUUUUUGGAGAAGGCACAGGAGGAAGGCUUUUGUUACAGUUGGAGUUUUAGGAAGUGGGUAUUUCUUGUAUAAACUGUAUGAUGCUCACAGGCACAAGCUUGCUGAGCUGGAGAGAGAACUCGCAGAUGAGCGGGAAGGCGAAAGAUUCAUUAAGGCCCAAAUGCAAGCCCAUUUUGAGAAUAUUCAAAGAAUAGCUGAUACGACAACGUUGCCUCAUGCAAUGCAUCAUUUAAGUAGUCGGAUAGCAGAAGAGUUGGACCUUUCUCAGCUUCUUGAGAGGCUCCAGAAUGCGAAGAAUCAACCAAACAGUUUGACGCAUUCAGAGAAAAUUGAACUGUGGGAUAGACUCAAAAUUAUAAGUUUUACAAGGAUGGUGUUGUCCCUUUGGGCAAUGACAAUGCUGAGCUUAUACAUUAGAGUUCAGGUCAACAUAUUGGGGAGACAUUUAUAUAUUGAUACUGCACGUGGUUUUGAAAGCUCCUAUUUCCCUGAGAAUGCUGAUAUGAUUGACCGAGAUGAUGAGCAAAAGUUUCUGGCUAGUGCUGAUUUUCUCUCGAACUAUGGUCUGCCUGCCUUGAUGUCAGAUAUGCAAGCAGCAGCAACAGAAAUUCUCAAGGGAAAGCAGUUGAAGGAUUUCUUCAACUCUACAGUACUUCAUGAAACUAUCAGGCAGAUACUUGACAGGUUCAUGAACAUUGGAAGCCCCCAUCACUGGGUAAGCUACAUCAUGCCUGAGGAUGCUAGAUUCGACAGACUAGCCACAGCUUCCAGCAGUGACAGCAAAAUUCUUUCUGAUGUUACUAAAUUUGAGGAACUUAUGGUGGAGACGGGGGCAGUAUUGACAAGUGCGGAAUUUGGGAGUGUAGUUGAUAUAUCAUUAAAGGCAGUGCUGGAUGCUCUAGUAGAGGAUGUGGGGGCUCAGUCUGGAGGCAGUCUAGCAUCAGGGAUGCCACUGGCCAAGCUUCUGUCACUAGUUACGCAAAUGGGUCCCUUGCUUCUCUACGAGCCUAGUAAAAACCGGUUCAUCCAAAUUAUUCAAAGCGAUCCGGAAAUUGAAAUCUUUUUCUCUCUUCUUUAUGCAAACAUGCCUCCCUCAUAGAUUAGUGAAUAGUUAGCGAGCAUAAAUUAUAGUUACGACGUUUUGAGUUUGUUACAAGGAAAUCAUCAUCACAUGAGGUUGUAUGAGUUGGUUUUGGUUUGCCAAACCUUGGCUGUGUUUGAUGAUGUUUAUGCUCCAUUCCACAGUUCAUGUUAAAUCAUGCAAAUGGCAUUUGACAAAUAGGAGACAUGGGGAAUUCAGAUAAGACGGACUAAAAGUUGAGUUACACAGAUCAUUAGACAAGUUCAAAUUUUUCAUGUCUUAUAUUGUCUUGAAUGAUAUGCAUAUGAAGCCGUUUGGUUGUGGUAUUUCUGUCUAUUCAAAACUGGUGGACGUGAACUGGCUCUUAUGUGAGAGAUGUCAAGAAAGCUGUGAAGAACCCCCAGAAACAGGAACUCUUAUGUGUAGUCCUUUGGGGGAAUAAUUUUCAAGGUAUUCUUUGUUGUAUAAACCCAGUCACAAAUAAAUUGUACUAGAAUUUAUGCUCUUUGUUAAAAAUAAAAACCUGGAGUAAAUUCAA